AUGUCUGCCGCCGGAAAGACCAUUGCCCUCAUCAUCGGCAGCACGCGGACGCCGCGCUUGGGCCCAUUCAUUCAUGACUUUGUCAAGCGGGAGUACCUAGAGCCCGCCGCCGUGACAAGUAGCGUCAAGCUCGAGACAGUCGACCUCGCUGAACACCGGCUGCCCAUCUUCGACGAGCCGCUGCACCCAGCGGGCCGCCCCAAAGACGACCCAACGCCUGCCUACGCCCACGAGCACACGCGGCGCUGGUCGGCCCUGGUGCGCCGCUACGACGCCUUCAUCUUCUUCACGCCCGAGUACAACGGCAGUGUCCCCGCUAGCCUCAAGACGGCCCUCGACGCGCUCUUUUACGAGUGGUCCGGCAAGCCUGCGGGCAUCAUCUCGUACGCCGGCCGCGGCGGCGCCUCGGUCACGGCGCACCUGCGCACUAUUCUCGGCGUUCUCGGCCUACGCGUUGCAGACACCUCAGCCGGCAUCCCGGCCAAUGCGAAGACGCUGGCGAGCCUCGAGGCGACUGGGAAGCCCCGCGAUGAGGAUCUCGAGCGCUGGGCCGCCGCACAGGUCGCGGAGAAAAGCAAGGCCCUACUGGGCGAGAUAGUCGAGCAGCUCGACGAGCCCGCGACCAAAUAG